GAGAGAGUUAAGUGCCAACAGUUUCAAAGGGAACUUCUGAACGCUGGGAGGGGGCGCGUCUGUGGGAGCUUGGACUGGACGAGAACUCUUCACUUGGUGCAGCGCCCAAUGGAGUUGGCACCGCGAAGGCAUUUGAAGGGGCAUCUCUCUCUUUAGGACAAACAAACAGUGGACUGGCAGCCUGGGGUAAGAGGAGGCUGAGCUCCCCGGCGAUGAAAGCGCCGCAGCGGAGCCCCGGGCGCGCACAGCAGAUGCUGGGGGCCAUGGCUGAUAUCCUGACCUCCUUUGCGCUGCCGAGCCAGCAGUGGCUGGCCGACCCGUGUGAUGUGACGGCAGAGGCAGAGGCGGGGGAGGGGGAGAGCGCUAGCGCCGAGGACGGCCCACGUGGGCCCGGGCCUGGCUGGGCAGCAGCCGAAGGUGCCGCCAUUGCCACCACCACAAGCACUGCCCAUGUCUCCGACCUGCGCAGAAACUCUACCCAACAAGGUGUCUUCCCAACUGCUGAAGAGUCGUACGCGGUGCGUUGCAGCGAUGGCAGCAUCUCCACCUCGGUGGCCUCCGCGCAGCCCCAGCCGUCGACCAGCUCGGCGCCCAGCUCGCCGGGCUCCAAGCGCUCGGUCAGCACGCUGAAGAAGUGGCUGACCAGCCCGGUGCGCAAGUUGAGCGGCGGCGGCGCCAACCGGCGCGUGAAGAAGCUGGAGUGCAAGGCCAGGAAAGAGGAGCGUCGGAGGAGCGCGGACAGCCAGCGCAGGAGCAUCGACCUGGGCAUCGUCAACAGGGGCAGCGAUGCCCACGACAUGAAGGACCGGAAGAAUGGACCACCAAGCCCCCAGGAGAGCGGAGAAGAACGGAUAACAGAAGUCAUUCCAGAGGCAUUACCUUCAUUCCUCCCCGAUGCCCCAAAGAUGGAGGCAGAAGAACAGGAUUCUGCAGAUCUCGUAUCCCACCCGGCCGAUCUGGAUGAGGCCGCGGACCACCCACCCGACAGAUUCCCCCGCGAUCCGGACACCCCAGUGGACACUGAGGAAGAAAAGAGGAAUGCCUUAGAAAAGAGUAUGUACGUCUUACAAGAACUUGUAGAAACAGAGAAACUAUACGUGUCCCACCUGGGUUUUAUAGUGGAGGGAUACAUCGAAACGAUGAAUGAGAAAGGAGUGCCUGAAGACUUGAAGGGAAAAGACAAAAUAGUCUUCGGAAACAUUUACCAGAUCUACGAAUGGCACAAAAACUAUUUCUUAGGCGAGCUGGAGAAAUGCCUAGAGGAUCCUGAGCGACUGGCAGUUCUCUUCAUAAAACAUGAAAGACGGUUACAUAUGUACGUGGUUUAUUGCCAGAACAAACCUAAAUCUGAGCACAUCGUCUCCGAAUACAUCGAUACCUACUUUGAAGAGCUGAAGCAACAACUAGGCCACAGGCUUCAGUUGAAUGACUUGCUUAUCAAACCCGUUCAGAGAAUCAUGAAAUACCAGCUUCUACUAAAGGUGGGGAACUUUCUAUUCCUGAGUCGGCUGACAAAAGCAGGCAGUGAAGAAAGCGAAUGGCAUAAAGCGGUAGAGGUGAUGUGCUUUGUUCCCCGACGCUGCAAUGACAUGAUGAAUGUGGGCCGCCUGCAAGGCUUCGAGGGCAAGAUCACAGCGCAGGGCAAACUCCUGCAACAGGACACGUUUCACGUGACGGAACAGGACGCCGGCUUGCUGUCGCGCUGCAAGGAGCGGCGGGUAUUCCUCUUCGAGCAAAUCGUCAUCUUCAGCGAACCGCUGGAUAAGAAGAAGGGCUUCUCGCUGCCGGGCUACCUCUUCAAGAGCAGCAUUAAGGUCAGCUGCCUGGGACUUGAGGAAUCGGUGGACAACGACCCCUGUAAAUUCACGCUGACCUCGCGUGGGACUGACGGGAACAUGGUGCGAUACGUCCUGCAAGUGGCCAAUCCCGAAAUCCGGCAGGGAUGGGUUUCCAGCGUCAGCCAGAUCCUGGAGUCCCAGCGGAACUUUUUAAACGCCCUGCAGUCCCCCAUUGAAUACCAGCGGAGGGAGAAUAAAUCGAACAGCUUGGGCAGGCCGCGUGAUGCCCGGACAGUGCUGUCCAUCUCAGCGGGAAUGAGGCCACACUCCUCCGCAUCCAUGGACCGCAACCAGUUUCCCUCCAUGAAGGCCUACAACACCUCGCUGCCCGCACUCUUUCUGCCCCCGUGCAGAACUGGCAGUGCCACCUUGGAAUCGCCCCAGGAGAAGCACGCCGGAGACGGGCGGUCGGGCAAGGCGCUCCGGCACGGGAGCCGCGACGAGCCGGACGAAAGCGACCUCUAAAAACCGCUGCCUUCCCCCUUCCGUUUCAUUUCUGCUUUUUGGAAUAAAAAAGGAAAAGCUCGGGUUCGGGACCUUCCACACCAGUGGGGGGAAAGGCUCUCCCUCGAUCGGCACCCAGCCCAUGGACUAAUUCUCGAGAAACCGGUCGGUUUAAAGAUUCGACGGAGAACGGCGGCAGAUUGCGCGGACGGGGUUUGCUUCGACCGCCAGCAGUGUUCUUCUCCAGCGCUCCCGUGAAGUGUGUGCGCGCAAAGACGCACAGAUCCUGUGGCCGUGGGUUUCAUGUCAUUUACAGUUACAGUUGCAGUUGCCAGGUGGUGGCAAGUCAAAAUAU